UCAGUCAAGGGUGUGAGUCUAAGUGGUGAGGAGUGGAACUGAACCUUGGUUGUAUGUCUUUCACCAUGGUUGACGCGCGUAGUGGCAAGAGAACCACCCCUUACACCAAAGCUCAGGAAGAGCAAGCCGCCGCAGUCCUGAAAGAGAGAAGAGAGAAGGAGGCCAAGAAAAAGUUGACUAGACAGGCUAAGAAGUUGGCCCUACAGGAGGAGCAGGCGGUGAAAAGGAAGAAGUUGGAGGAAGAGAUGGAGAGAUUGAAGACGGAGGAGGAAGAAAGGAUGAAAGUUGUGGACGAGGAAGAGAUAGAAGAGGAGGAAAAGGAAGAGCCCUUGUUUAGAAGGAGCACAGGGCAGAGAGGGGAGUCCAGUGGCACCAAGAACGAGGAUGCAUGGAUGGAGAAGAAGAUCUCAGAGUGGGUAGCUAAUUUAUCUAUGGGAGAAGAGGAAGAGGCCAUGUUGUAUGUUCCCCCAGAGGAGAAAGAAAUCCGUAAUCAGGGAGUGGGAAGCAGGAAAAGACCCUUUGAGACGUCAGACUAUAGAGGAGGAGAAGAAGUUACAGUGGAAAUUGCGUCUCACUAGGGAGAAGAAGAGGAGGAUGGAUGAGGCGAGCAGAAUGGCAAGGGAGUUGGAGGUGAUAAAGACGCAGAGGCGCAAGCAGAUAUACAAGGAAAAUUAGAUGUUAUGUCAAGAAAUAUAGAACUCCUAGCCAGAGCCUGGGACAAGCAACAUCAGUUUGCUCGAUCCCAAGACAUCACUUUACACUCCAUCCGUCUGGGGUUCAGAGACUUUGCACGCGAGAUGAUGAUGCACAAGGGUGCAGAAACGAAGGCAAGGAUAAAAGGCAUUGAGAAGU